AUGGAUGAAAGAAGGCUGAAAAACAUAAUUAAAGAUACUUUAAAUGAGCUGCUGGCCCCAUUCAAGAAGCUAAUCGAACAAGAAAUGAGUAACUUCAAAACAUCUGUGCAAUACAUGUCCGACUCAUUUGAUGAACAAAAUGGAACAUUUGCAAAACUCCUAGUAGAAAUAAAAGCGUUAAGGCAGGAAAACGUCGACUUAAAGCAGAGAAUUAAACAGCUGGAAACCACAUUUGAUGAAAUAGAACAGAAAGAAAAGGCAAACAAUAUAAUCAUUGCUGGAAUACCAAAACAAAGGGAUUCAAAUACUAAUAAUAUUGUACAAAAGAUUUUCACUAUGAUACAAGUGCCUCUUCCGGAUAAUGAGAUAAGAACUAGCUAUAGACUUAACAAGAAUGAAGAUAGUCCAAUCCUCGUAAAGUUCGAUAAGCAAGAAACGAAGAAAAUUGUUCUAAAUAAAAUCAGAUUUAUUAAAGGGACUACAGUGAGUAAAUGUAAAUUAGAAGGUGAAGAUAAGAAAAUAUACUUAAAUGAGGAUCUGACCGUGAGGAAAAGGAUGCUAUUCAAAAAAGCCAGAGAAAUCAAGAUCACGAAGAACUAUAAAUCUGUAUACUGCCGAAAUGGUCAAAUAUUCCUGAAGAAAAAUGACCAUGAACCACCUGCAAGAAUUACUUCCGAGGACGACUUUUAG